AGUAUUAUCCGCUUCAUUUACAUAUAUAACACCGCCCAGGGGGACGAACAUGAUAAUCCAGCCUCGGUCGAAAAGCUGCCGUGCGGAGGGGAGGAAAAAAACCACCGAAAAAAGUUUAAACGUGAGAGGGCUGCUUUAAAAGCGAGCGAAGUGUUUCGACAGAGAGGAAGCGGCGCUCAUCGGGCUCUUUGCCCCACUUUCGGAUUACGAUAUGGACGCUUUGAAAUCCGCUGGAAGGGCAAUUAUACGCAGCCCCAGUAUCGCCAAACAGUCCUGGGGUUCGGGAAGACACAAAAAGCUUCCGGAGAACUGGACAGACACGAGAGAGACCCUGCUGGAGGGCAUGGUGUUCCAGCUCAAGUACCUGGGGGUCACGAUGGUGGAGCAGCCCAAAGGAGAAGAGCUGUCUGCGGCAGCUGUCAAGAGGAUAGUGGCUACGGCCAAAGCCAGUGGAAAGAAGCUCCAGAAGGUCACAUUAACAGUGUCCCCUCGUGGAAUCAUCCUUUACGACAGUGCCUCAAACCAGCUGAUAGAAAAUAUCUCAAUAUACAGAAUAUCAUAUUGCACUGCGGACAAGAUGCACGAUAAAGUGUUUGCCUACAUUGUCCAGAGCCAACAUAAUGAGACUUUAGAGUGUCACGCCUUCCUCUGCUCCAAGAGAAAAAUGGCUCAGGCGGUAACCCUAACAGUGGCUCAGGCCUUCAGAGUGGCGUUUGAAUUCUGGCAGGCUGCCAAGGAAGAGAAAGAGAAGCGAGCGAAGUCGGGCUCGGACGGGGAAGGAGCCAGCAACUCCCAGUCGGACAGCUCGGCCAGCCUGGGCAGCCUGAAGGGAGGAGAAGUCGCCACGGGGAAACUCCUGGAUUUGGCCGAGGGAGCCAACGCGGCGCUGGUCCACUCAGGAACAAAGCAGACUGAAUCGGAUCCCUUUACGGUGCAUAAUGGCGCUGCAGAGAACAACAAUACUGUAUGGGAGUUGGAAGACGGCUUGGACGAGGCUUUCUCAAGCCGCAGUCUGGAUAGCUUUGAAUCCUACUCAGACUCGCUGAGUCUCGCACUAACCCCCAGGUCCUGGACAUUGGGGUAAACCCUCAGGACUUCAACACUGACGAGUGCCUGUCCCCAGGCAAAUGGGACCAAGAGGAGACGGACUUCGCUGCACAAAGAGACACUUUUGGGUUCUAACGUGAAGCCUCAGCCAAGAAGGGACAACCAGGACAUGAUGAUGAUGAUGAUGAUGAAGAGGGGCUGGAGGCAUCAGUGGAGGGUUCCCCGCCUUCUUCCUGCUGCCCGGCCCUCUGACCGGCUCUGCCUCGUGGCUCUCGGAUGCCCAGACGUCCACACGACCAGAGGAGGACAGCAGGAGCAGGCUGCUCACCCAACAGGCCAAAGCAAUACAAACCAAUUGAUCCCUUUUUCUAUGGAAACCAUGCAGUCACUUCGUGUUUGUUACAGUGUGUUACUUCUUUCUUUGUGUCUGUUUACCCAUUCACUGUUGGUGAUCUCUGUGGUUGUGCUUGUGUACAUUGCGUUAAAAUACGUUUGUGUGGAUGUACAGUAUAUAAAUGUAGAGGGAUGUGAGCUGAACUCUUCGUUCUGAGGUCAAAAUUCGAUAAGGGUGCUGAUCUUUUUUUUUUUUUUUUUUUUGGGCUAUGGAGAGAUGUGACUGGAUCAGAGGGAAACUGAUGCACCGGUUCUCCUCCGGGGGGAAAAGUUACUACCUAAGAGCUUCAAGACUUCAAGCCUUUUGCGAGGCAACAAAAGCUUUAACGUGUGUAUGUGCGUGUCGGUCAAAGGAGUGUUUGUGUACACAACAAUGGAUGACGACAAAGUGACAAUCUUUUUUUUUUUCUCUCCUUCAAAUGCAAAAAUCUAUUUUUGCACUCAGCAUUCAUUCAUAUUUAAAAGCACACAUUUCAUAUAAGGGAAUUUCAUGUCGACCAGCCUCAAACUCUUCCGGCCUGGAUGCAGUGUCUCUGUUGAUUUGUGCCCCCAAAAAACAGUUUCCCUGUUAAUUUUGAUGCACUGAUGACAAAGAUUUGCCAGCAAAGAACUGGAUGAAACGACAUCUUUUAAAGAAACCUCAUCGUAGCUGCAGUGGAGAAGCAAGAACGUUUAACUUUAUCAUCACAGGUUUUCUGUUUUUUGUCCCUGAAACUCAUUAACUAUUUGACCCACUUAUGCGAACAAACCGGGGCACAAGAGGACAGAGGCGCUGUACCGGCACUCUACCACUAUAUGUUAAAUUAUGUACCACUGACUCCUAGUUUACCUUUUUUCCAGGGAUGGAUCCCAGUGUUAUUUUUGGCAUUUGUUUAUAUAUAUGAGUUAAUUUAAUUCAUUAAUUUACAUCAAUUUCAAUAAAAAUAUAUAUAAUUUGUGAA